CAUAUUCAAACAAGCGACACAAAAUGGCGGCUUCGAGGCCGUGUACUCACCAGAACACAUGAGUAUGGACGAGAAAUCAUAGCUGAGAGGGCUCCAACGCCUAGGUAUGUCCAAGAGGAGCAACGACCUGAAGACAUACAACAUUUCAGUUGUAGGUUUGUCGGGGUUAGACAAAGAUCAGUCGUUAUAUGGUGUUGGAAAGUCAUGUCUGUGCAAUCGGUUUGUACGGCCGUUGGCUGAUGACUUCAUAGCAAAUCAUACCUCAGUGUUUUCUACGUCUGACUUUGGUGGUAGAGUUAUCAAUAAUGAUUCAUUUCUUUAUUGGGGAAGUAAACUACAGACAGGAGAAGAUGGAACAGAGUAUAGAUUCAAUGUUAUUGAGCAAACUGAAUUCAUUGACGAUGCUUCUCUUAUGCCGCUUGCUCGUGGAGGUCUGCCCUACCCCAAGCGUGCCACGGCUACUAAACUCAACUCUCCUGAAAAACUAAUGUACAUUAGCAGAGAGCAAGUAGCUUUACAGAAUGAUUUUGAGAAAGUCCCUUUUCCCGCUGGCAAAGUAAAUAUCGAUGGCUUUCUUGUGGUGUAUGAUGUUGAAGCUACUAACGCGAAACGUCUUGAAGAGACGCAAGAACGCUUUGUAGCAACAUUAAUAUCACAAAUCCUGAAGAGUAAACGACCAUUUGUGAUAAUAGCAAACAAAUGUGAUGUUACACAGUUAAGUUUACUUCAAGAAUUGUAUAGAUUUAUUCAGAGCAAGAAAAUUAACGCGCCCAUAGUCGAAUGUUCAGCGCUUGAAAAUGUAAAUGUAGACCUAGCGUUCAUAAUACUGGGCCAGUUGAUCGAGAAAGGCCGAAUACGUUCUAAGCUUACUCCUUAUUCUGAGGCAUCUAAAAUACAUCAAGAAUUAUUGGACAAAACUCUUCAAGAAUAUCAAGCUUUGAUCAAUCGAAAUGUUAAUAAUUUCCAAUGUUUGUGGAAAAACACCAAGAAAUCAAUUGAAGUGCAGCCUGAGUAUGUUGCAUAUCGCGAUCUCUUUGGCUCGGAAGCUUGUAAGAAAAUAUUUGCAAAACAUAUCCGCAAACUACGCCGUGAAUUUGAAGAAGGAAAGCUUAUGGAGUAUAUGUUAAAGCUGCCACAUGCUUUAGAUGAGCUGGUUCCUAAUAUCAGCUGUUUGGACACUUAUCAAUGGAGCUGGGAUGUCUGUCAAAGAAUGAUCAGAAACCAUAAAGACUUCAGUACAUGGAUGAUCGUUCUCCCUGACAGUACAUCAUGGAAUGAAAGCGAUCAUAUUCUCAGCAAUGAUUCUCGUAUUCCUUAUGAUGUUUUAUCUCUUCCCGAAGCUGAUCAAGCUUUUAAACUUCACAUUGACAAGCUAAAAGCAGCCGAGAAGAAGAGCAGAAUGAAAAAUGAAUUCAGAAAACUUUUAGAACUGACACCGCAGAUUCGACCUGGUAGUGAAUGGCGUGAUGUUGAAUCAAUUUUACAGAACGAGGAAAGUUACAAGUAUUUAGAUGAAUCAGAAAGAUUAACCAUCUUUGAUUCCUACUUAAGAGACAUUGCUGAAAAAGCAAAGGCAGAUUUUCAGGAGCUGCUAUUUGAAUCAGCCAGUUGUUUUACAAAGCUAGAGCCUAACGCUACACCAUCUGAGGAUGACAUGCAAGCAAUCUAUUCCAACCUAUAUCUAGACGAUCGAUAUAGAAGGCUUGAUAAGCUAGAGAGUAUUCGUAAAAUUAGAAUUCUAAAUCACAUCGCUUUGCUAAACAGUCCUUCUCGAUGUCUAUGCGGACCAGAUAAAUGCAGCGAUCGUCUUAUGCAAGAAAUCGUCGCGACGACAGCAUAUCGACCUGAAUACUCUGGUAGUGAUGAAACACUUGACAGYGAAGACAGUCAACUCAGCAUUGUCAUUCUUGGAAGUGAAGGACUGGGACAGAAUCUUGAGAAAGAGAUACAGUCGCAGUGUUCCUAUGGCGAGGGGUAUGAAUAUGUACUUGAUGGUCGUAUGUAUGAGUUGGACCUGAGAGUUAUUGAUGGUGAUGUUGAUAUACCAGAGUAUGGACUAACGAGUACAGAUAGUGUACCACAUGGGUAUUUUUGCGUGUACUCCACCUCAAAGUCCUUGGAUUACUUGCAUGAUUUACUAGAGGAGAUGUAUAGUAAGUCCAGGUAUAAUAGCGUUGACGACACAUCAAUGUUUAACCUAUCGGCAUCCAUCACCAUCUUCCUGGCCAAGAACACAGACAUUGAWGAUGUUGAAACCUUGUCCAGUCUGCGACAAAGAGGACAAGACCUGGCACAGAGAUUUGGUGCAGCGUUUAUUGACAUUCCCCUGGCAAGAUUUUCCCGUGACAAGAUYAUCCAUGAGACCCAGGUAGUAGACGCAAUGAGAAUACUAGUUGAAGACAUCAAGCAACAGUCCAGGAAGCUGUGCUCAGCUGAUGACAUCAGAGACUCAGAACCAGAUCUUAAGAUCAUGUUGUGUGCAAUGUGUGGUGAUCCAUACCCUGUAGAGCUUAUCUUUGGUCCAUUACUCUACCAUCAAUCAUGCUGGCGYAGUCCCUCCCAUCCUGAUACCAUUGUACUGGAGACAUAUGUUGGUUUUGAGAAGAGAAGAGUGCAAAUCAAGCUUACCUCAUACCAUCGUGCAUACAGCCUAAAUGAUCAAAUGUAUCAUGGGUACAUCCUGGUGUACUCAGCAACACGAAAAGCUUCCCUAGCAACUUUGAGUGCAUUCUCAGCAUCCAUUCCUCACGUACCUAUCCAAGUACUUGCUGUAACAGGGUCUGCAUCAGGAGCAAGUGUGGUGUUCCAUAGCAAUGAUGUCCCUGUAACACUCUUAGCUGAUGGUGUCAAUCUUGCUAGUAAAUUGUGCGCCAAGUUUCAAACUACCAACUCAAAGCUUCAACACCAAGGUGGUCUUUUCUCUCCAUUCUUUAAUAGCGCAUGGGACAAGAAACAUGACAGUGAAAUAGCUUAUGACAACUUUAUUCAAGAACAACGAGCACGACAGCGAGAAUUCACUAAACGUAAUGUCCAUGACCCUCUACCUGCUCCACCACCACAAUUUAACUAUAUGAACAACAAGACCCCUGUAGAAGUUACUCGACGAAGGACAGCUAGCGAAAGGCUGCCUAGCCCUCCCCCCCUUCGUCACAGGUUAUCAGCUAAUGAUAUUGAUGAUACUUCACCAUACGCGGAGUUCAGUGCUGAAACGAAGGCCUUGAUUAAAGCAAAGUCGGGUCAUGAGCUUACUAUACCAAUGACGUCAACACCCAAUGCAAUGGAUAAUCAUGUGCCGGUUGAGAAGGGUGCCACACCCAUCACUGCUGGGGAAAGACGUAGUCGUGGUGAAGACAUUUAUGCAGAGGUUGACAAAACAAAGAAGAAAUCAUUCAGAAAAUCAAAAGAUGUAAGUAUGAUGAACGAGAGUGAAGUCAAUUUAAUUGAGAAUUCUCUCUAUGCCAAUCCUAACAUCGCUGCUAAAAGACAAGUACCUGGUGAAACUCCACCUCCUUUACCUGACCGUCCAGAUAACCUUGACGAGGACUACAAUCCUAAUGACUCAGGUGUWGACACACUUCGUAGUGUUUAUAAUGGGUAUUCGACAAUUAAUGACCGGCCRGCUAGAAAUAGGGUAUAUGAGGAAAUCCACAACACUAAAAAUGGAGAAGAACCAGAUCCAUACCAACUUGCUUUCAACAAGAAAGUACAAAUGUUUAAUGAAAGGUCAAGAGAACCUGUCGAGAAUGAAGUUUGGAUCAAACGAAAAGAAAAAAGAAAUUCUGUACCUGACUUGUAUAGUAAAGUGAAGAAGGCACCACUGGCUUCGCAAGAGGAGGAUGAAGAUCCUGAUUAUUCACGUGUACAAGACGAUAUGCCUGUAAUUAUUAAAGCUGAUGAUGACACUGCCCAGACCCCCACGGGCUACUCAACGGGUACUCUGAGGUCAUCAUACUCGGCCGAGGAACUAMGAUCCACAACACUGGAACGGUCUACUAGCAAAAAACUAGGUUUUGGUUUUAGACGUCACAAGCGUGACUUACAAUUAUUGGAUGGCGUUACAUCUGAUGGGGGAACUGGUGAUGAGGACUCGAUGUCACGCAAGCAUGAUCGUGAACGAAAGAAAAAGAUCAAUAUUAAAAUGCGUUCACGGCGUUCCUCACCUGCAAGAGUACGUCAUAARAGUGACGAUAYUACACCAAAUGCCUCCAUUGACGUUGAGAAGUCCAACUCAUUAAAACACAAAAUGAAAAGUAAAGGAUCCAAGAAAGUCCACAAAUCUGAAGGUAAACAGUUCGCUGACUCAAAUGAAGAAUCUUCAGAUACAAGCAGCCUUGAGAACAAAAAGAAAAAUAAUUUAUCAAAGGUAUCAACYCCACCGACCUGGUACUCGCCUGGACUGAAGACGGAUUCACUGGAAGUACCUCGACAAGACCUGAAUGAAUCAGAAGAGGARACCGAGGAAGACAUCACGCGUUCGCCGGCUUCAAGUCUUUCUAGAAAAAAUAAAUCUAAGAAAAAGAAAACGCGUAUGGAGAAGGAACUUGAGAAAAGAAAACGACAUGACGAGAAAAAGAGAAAUAAAAUGAAAAAACAAAUGGAGAAAUAUAAGAAGAAAGGAAGUACCUACGAGAAACAGAAAAACCGUGAACAACAACCAAGUACGUACUUUGGACGGGCCCUGGAAGAGAUCUGUGAGACUGGACGAAAUGUGCCAGUAUUUGUCGACAAAUGCAUUGAGUUCGUGGAAGAAAAAGGUAUGCAGAUUGAAGGUAUCUACCGUGUUCCUGGAAAAGCCAUCGAUAUCAGACUCAUCGUUGAGAGAUUCGAAGAAAAUCCCGAUAUGGACUGGUCUAAUCUCAACGUCAGUGCGCAUUCAGUUACAGGGGCAUUAAAAUCAUUUUUGAAACGCCUACCAGAACCGUUGAUACCCAACAAUCUUCAGAACGAAAUACUCGAGGCUACAGCUAUCAUGGAUGGUGGUGAACGAUGUUCUGUGCUGAAAAAUUUAGUCAACGACAUGCCGCCGCUGCAUUUCGCUCUUUUGAAACGAUUUAUGUUCCAUCUUAACAGGAUAACCGAUUUCUCUCAAGAAAAUCUAAUGGAAUCUCGUAACCUAUCGACAGUCAUCUUCCCAACACUGCUACGAAUACAGUUUGAGUCCUUCCAGUCAAUGCAUCGACAAAUGAACUUUGGACUCUUCAUUCAAACAUGCAUUGAAAAGUGUGAAUAUUUCUUUGACGACGAAACGUUGCCUGUGGAGAGCAUGACGUCAURAAAUUAUUGCGUCAUGAGUUGCGACGUCAUAGUGACGUCAUGUUAAUCGAAUUCGCAUCGAUAUAUUGAGCCGUAAACAUAGCAAGGACUGCGCAAUCGCUGCAGGAACAAUCAUCUCUAUUGUAUAAAUAAUGUAGUUCCUUUCCUCGUGAAAAAUUAAGAGCUGAUAAAAUAGUAUCAGAAUUUUAUUUACUAAAGAAUCUAGGUUUUUAUUGUAAGCCAAGAAUUGGAUCAAUAGAUAAUWACCAGGCUUUCCCGGCCAAGAAUUUUAGUGGUCUGGUAACGAGGAUGCCGUGCGGUGAUAAUCUUUGAGUGAAAUGAUUGUUUUAUGUUGUGGCUGGAUGAAUUUCAGCCUUGUAAAUUAGCGAUACGCAAUGAAUAAAGAACAGUUUUUAUGAAAA